AGACGUCUUUCACCAAGACUUGUGUUCAAUUGACAUUUUCUUGAAAAAUAAAUCAUUUAGACUUCCAAAUACCCCUCAUCGUCUCGCUUUCCAACAUGGGAUCUUUAGAUAAAGAACCUACUGUGGGACAAUUCAUGAUCAGGUUGGUUGAGGCGGACACCAAAGAUGAUGACCCGUGGCAACGCAACUAUUUUGCCCCUCCACAAAACAUGAAGCUCGUCCCGAGGAGCUACCCUCUCAUCGAUGUCCGACCUCUCAUUUCUGAGUCCAGAUACGACCCUGUCGACCACCUCCGCACCCACGGUUUUGGUGUGGUCAGAAGCCCCUCGUCGUUCUUGGCUCAACACAAGAAAGAGGAACUCACCGAUGACAAUCUCCGAACCGGGUACCAUCCAGAGGUGACGGAGUUGAUUAAAAAGACCCUGGGUGCCAAGCAUGUCUACAUUGGCAACAGUGUUUUGCGCCAGGGGAAGGAGGUUCAAGAGGAGUUCAAACCGCCUGUGGGUCCGUUGCCAACCCCAAACCAGCGAAAGGAUCCAGCCGUUGGGGAGCUAAAGGGGGCGGCUGACUUUAGGAAAGGAGCUGCAUUUGCUGCUGCAAAACCCAUUCGCGCGCCACAUAUGGACCACACAACAUGUCCGUUCACUCCGGAAAGCACGAAAGAGCCUCUAGGUGCUAGGCAAUAUAUUCGUUGGGAUAAGGAAUUGGUGAAACACAUUGCUGUGGACAGUGGCAUCAUCGCCGCUGAAGACAACAUCGUUGAGGGCCAGCAUUUCCCAGCUGAUAGCGAAGAAGCAAAUGCUCUUCUUGAAGAGCGCUAUAAUCUGAACGGUCUUGGUCCACGCUAUGCGGCGUUCAGCAUCUGGAGACCACUUGCUAAAGUGGGACGGGAUCCAAUCGCUCUCUGUCAGAGAGGCGACGAAGGCGUCUUUGCAGAAGAAUACGUGCACAGGCCGUACUUGAAUAAGAUUCCGGGUGCAGAGGAGUUAGGUGGCGACUAUCUGAGGGAGUAUGCAAUGUUGGGCGUGCAGAGCGAGAAGCCGAAGAGUGAGAAGCACACGGCUGGACUGAAGUGGUAUUAUGUGUCUCAGCAGCAGCCUGAUGAGGUGCUGUUCAUCAAGUUGUUUGAUAGUGCGGCCUUGCGGGGUGGACAUGCAGGGGCACCAUACCACGCAUCUCCUGAGAUCGGGGAUUUGGAGGGUGCAAAUGCGCGAGAGAGUUUGGAGUUGAGAGUUUUUGUUUUCUGGUGAUGGAGACAGAUGGUAAGUACUGCUGGUUCUAGCACAAUAGGAUAUCUUGGCACUUUCAUCUGGCAUUACAACGAAAACAGGAUCUGUUUGGCGAUGAGCAUCAAACCACCUCACUGGCUAUAAUGUAUGCCCCGAUCAUAUGAUAGUUUAACAGAAAUAUGGAG